GUUUUACGGAGGGGAGCCGCAGCCGAUUGUCAGUUCACACAGAUCUGCGGACACAGGAGAUAUCUCAGCCAAGCGCCGAUCAGACCAGCUCGUAUCCCGCAGCAGACCUGCUCAUUCCUGUUGGUUUUUCUUUUGGAAAUAAUUCAGUAGUUUAAAUAGACAUUAAAAGAAAUAAGCAAAGUUGAACACUAAGAAGAGAAGGAAGAAGAAUGGGGCAGAAAACGCCAUUAAUAUUGAUGACUUUAUUGUCUUAUUGCGUCUGGAGAGAUGAGGCUCUGGCCAUGACAGAGGUGAAUGGACCAGUUGGCGGUCCUCAUGUGGCAGAACCUCAGAUUGCCAUGUUUUGUGGUCGUCAGCUUCUACACAUGAACACUGAGAGCGGACAGUGGGAACCAGAUCCUCAGGGACGACAAGGAUGCUUCACCCAGCCCAGCAAGAUCCUGUCAUACUGCCAAGAGAUGUAUCCAGGACUGCAGAUCUCCCAUGUGGAAGAGGCCUCAUCUCCAGCGACCAUCCUGGGCUGGUGUAAGAAGGGCUGGGGUCACUGUCAGACCCGCUCCUUCAUCGUCGUGCCCUACCGUUGUCUGGUGGGUGAGUAUGUCAGCGAGGCACUCUUGGUCCCAGAUCGCUGCCGUUUCUUGCACCAGGAGCAGAUGGAUUCCUGUGAGAGCUACGUGUACUGGCACAACAUCGCCAAAGAGGCCUGCACAGCUGACAGUCUGGAGCUGCAUAGUUAUGGGAUGUUGUUGCCGUGCGGUGACCGUUUCCGUGGGGUGGAGUACGUCUGUUGCCCCGGCAGGGCAGGAUCGAGCGGACGGGGUGAGACGGAGACUGCAGACGUGUACGAAGGAGAAACAACACCCCUCGUCUCCAUGGCUGGAGAAAAAGUUGCCACCAGUGUGAAAACAACGCCACCCACUCCCAGUCCCUCCCCGGAGACUGACAUUGAGGAAGACGACAUGGAGGAGGAAGAGGAAGAGGUAGUGGAGGAAGAAGCAGAGGAGGAAGAGGAGGAGGAGGAAGAGGAAGGGAAUGAAGAAGAGGCAACUGAAGUAGAGGAAGCUGAGGAGGAGGAAGCUGCCACAACAGUGAAGGAUCAAGAAGAGUAUGAGUAUCCCAUUGACUCUCAUUUCCAGGGCCAAGACUACAUGGAUAACAUAUACUACGACAAGGACCUCCAGACUGCCAAAGCCUCCACCCAACCUCAAACGCGGAUGGACAACCUGCCCACUCCUCGUCCUACAGAUGGCGUGGAUGUUUACUUCGAGAUGCCGGGUGACGACAGUGAACACGCCAACUUCCUGCGUGCCAAAAUGGACCUGGAGGAACGGCGAAUGAAACGCAUCAAUGAGAUCAUGAAGGAGUGGGCAGAAGCAGACAACCAGUCAAAGAACCUGCCCAAGUCAGACCGCCAGGCACUGAAUGAGCAUUUCCAGUCUGUUUUACAGACCCUUGAGGAGCAGGUGGCCAGCGAGAGGCAGAGGCUGGUGGAGACACACCUGGCCCGUGUGGUUGCCACCCUGAAUAACAACCGCAGACUGGCUCUGGAGAGCUACCUGAGCGCUGUGCAGAGCGACCCUCCACAGCCGGACCGUGUGCUUCAGGCUCUGAAGCGUUAUAUGGCCGCAGAGCAGAAGGACCGACGACACACUCUACGUCAUUACCAGCACAUCGAGUCUGCCGACCCCCAAAAGGCUGAGCAGAUGAAAUUCCAGGUGUACACACACCUGCAUGUGAUCGAAGAGAGGAUGAACCAAAGCCUGGCUCUGCUCUAUAAGGUCCCCGGCCUAGCUGAGAAACUUCACGACGAAAUCCAGGAGUUAGUGAGAACAGAGAGGGGGGACAUCAGCGAACUCAUGACCACUUCCUUUUCUGAGACGCGCACCACAGAGGAGCUGCUUCCUGCCGAGAGCGCGGAAGAGCGAGACGAUGAGGAGGAAGAGGACAGAGCUUUCCAGAACCGCCCCUACCCACCACGCAUCGACCCCCAGCCUAACGAUAAGAAAGUGUCAUCAGUAGAUGAGUAUGACUACACCACCUCUGAGAGAGGACCAACUUAUGAAUACGAGGAGAAGAUCAACACCUCUGUAGAGCUGAAGCAGGUGGUCUACAAGUCUCCAGGAAUCCAGAGAGAUGAGCUGCAGCCGGACGUUUUGGAGACAUUUAACCGCGGGGCAAUGGUGGGGCUGUUGGUGGUUGCCGUGGCCAUCGCUAUGGUGAUGGUCAUCAGCUUGUUGCUAGUCCGCCGUAAGCCAUAUGGAACCAUCAGCCAUGGCAUAGUAGAGGUCGACCCCAUGCUGACCCCCGAGGAAAGACAGCUCAAUAAGAUGCAGAAUCACGGCUAUGAAAACCCCACUUACAAAUUCUUCGAGCAAAUGAACUGAGGAGGGCUCUGCAGUCUCAAGGCCAUGCCCUCCCCUCUCGCCUCCCGUUUUUCGAUUGGGGUUUUCACGGCAACCCCCUCUCCCUUGUACUGUAUGUAUGUCUAUAUGACCGAUGUUCAAAAUGUACAACAAACCCGGCACGUAAAUAGGGAGUUUGUAGUAAAACGUUUGCAUACUACUCUCUCAUCAGGGAGAGAGAACACUAAUAAGAGAAUCCGCAGUCCACCGAGAGCUCCUUUAUCCCCCGGUUUUUGCUUUCAUUCAUGAGGGUGUGGCCGUGCCGAGCAUGAUCGGCGGUUUUAAAAUCUUGGAAUAGUGUCACACAUUCUUUCCGAAUGAAUUACGUGUUUCAAAGAAGCUAAACGUGUUCAACAUGAAUGGUUUGUUUUGUCGUUUCUAUUUUCAAAGCAGAGUUUAUUUCAUGGUGAAACUGUGAUAUGAAUGAAAUAAUAUAUUUUUGAGUUCACUACAGAAACCCGGGAGGGAAUUCGAGACAUUUUGGCCCUCUUAAAGUCAUUUUAGGAUAUAAACUGCUAGACUCAUUUUGUUUUAAUAAGACUUCAGAUAUAAAAGGAACAAGGUUUGUAUUCACAUAUAACUAAACCAUCAAACAUUCUGGUAGAUUAUUAGUCUCAAUCACACCGUAAGAAACUGAAUCAGUGUUUUAAAUGUACCACGAACGUUCAUUGAAUAAUACUACCCGAAAGCUUAGAAUAUUUUUCUGGUAUUGCUUCUUUAAAAGUCAAUUCUAAGUAAUCUGAAGUCCAUACGCGUAAAGAAAAGCAUGCGAAAUUUGGUGUAUGAUGCUAUAACGUACUUGUGUUGGUCCUGUUUCUUGCUUUUUGAUAAAAAUGAAAAUAUCACAGUGCAACAAUGACGUGUACAUAACUAAAGACGUAACUCGAAUAGACGUUUCUAUCAUUAAUUUGUAUCGACGCAACGUGUGGACAUAAAGAUGAUCUUGUGCUGCUCACACAGAGAACGAAACAUUUCCUAACAUGGCUGAAUGAAAACGGACUGUUGAAUAAACCAGCACAAGAAAAUGACACAGUAACUCCUGACUGAAUGUAUCUUCGGUAGACAUAGGCUCCAUUCACCGUUCCCUCCUGACACGCCACAGCGGUUAGAGCGUAGGUUAGUUAGCUUAGCUAAUCGCUCCGUUUUCAUACAGUAGUUGAUUUAACUGUCGAGGGUUUUGUGUUGUGUGACUGAAACUAGUACAUCGUCACCUGUGAAAGGUGGUAAACAACUUUGACUGACACCAAAACUGGUUUAAGUUUCUACAUGUGUCACUAAGGCCUGAAAAUCAAGUUUGUUUGUUUUUAAUAUUAGAGGGUUAUAGAGUUAUCUGUCUAUUGCAUUUCUGUUCUAGUACAUGAUUGAAAUUUUAAAUCAAAUUUUUGGGUGUCUGUGCCUGUGACACAAAUAAUGUUAACACAACAAUUUACUGUUAGCCUGUUGUAGAAAGGACAUGUCUUGCUCUAAAUCGUUUUAUUAGUAGAACAAACACAUUUUUGAGAAGAAUACGGAAUCAUCAUGUGUUUAUUACGUGACAUAUCAACAGAAGUGAAACCAAAAUGUGGGCCCAGUAUGUUUAUGUUUUUCGUUUCUUCAGUCCAAAACUACACGUUUCUAUAAACCAAACCAAACUCCGUCCUGUGAAAUUGUAGCUCAUAUUUAUUUUAGAGUUAUUUUCUGAGUCAAGAUGCACCAAACAUAAUGACAUGAUCGUUUGUAUUUGAUUGCAUUGCCUUUUUUGUCUUCCUUUGUCACAUUUGAACACACCUGAAGCGAAACCAAACCACAAAAAUGCUCAUUUACCCUCAACUUCCUCACAGCUCUGGAAUAUUUGAUUGAACGGAAGCUGUACUACUUAUUUUUAAGGCAUUAUCAGAAACAUAAUGGUUCAUAAAUCUCUCCAGAUUAGAAUUAACUUAAUUCAACACAUGGCACCAGAUGCUCACGGCACUUAAAAGGGAUCGUGGAUAGCCUGCUGUCUUGAUCGCUCUGAGGUGUAUUUAUGAAUUGUGAUCAGCUAACAUUGUGGUUUGAUGCCCUAAUUUAGGACUCUUAUAUAAGAUUUUGUACCAGCAUCAGGCAGAUUUAGGACAAUGAUUUUACAUUUAUAUGUGUCUUCUCUUGUUGAGAUGACUCCUCCCUCUCUUAUCCUGAACCAAUAGAAAUGUAAACAAAGUUACGGAUGUUUUAACUGCUGCAUUAUUGCCUUUUUCAAUGCUGUGUUUUGGAUGUAAUUAUAUGUAUUUUUAUUUAAGUCAAUAUUAAUUGGAGUUUGGGUCAUUUGCUAUAUAGAUUUGGACUGUAAACACUGAACGGGUCUGAUCAACAUCAUGCUUGAAAACUAAUUAACUGAGAGCACAACUGUAUCCAGAUUCAUUUGUGUCCAUUCAUCAGUACUUCAAAAUCUUUCCUUGUCUUGCUGAAUUCAUUACUGAAGAAUCAAUACAGUGAAGGUUAAGAUGGAAACGCAUAUAGUCUAGAUCUAAUGUGUUGAACAUCCUAUACACCCCAGUUUUAUCUUUCAAAUUACUAGCAUGUAUUGAAGAUGCAGCUUAAUAAUGUAAAAUAAUUGGUUACUAUAAGAUGGAAUUUGGCGAAUUGGUGCUUUAAGGAACUUCACAGAAUUCGUCAUUUAAGCUACUGAAACCAAUGCAAUGAAAUAAGCUGAUCUGGAAUCAUUCUGAAUUUCACCAAAGACAUGUUCUGGAUAUGAUUGGAAGGCCAAAUAAUGUGUUGUAUUUUUAAUUGACAUGUAUUGUAAGAGCAAGCAACCUGUGAACUGAUCUGGCUUGUUGUACUUGCAUUAAAAUGACAAUAAAAUUAAAAAUGACCCACAUAA